AAAUUAAAUGACUAAGACAGUAACCAAUCACACAACGCCAUGCUAGGGGCGUGGUUAAACGGAGCCGAUAGCUCGCGGAAGCCUGGAGCACGGCGCCGGAAACUAGCUGUUUGGUGCGGCGCUCCCCUGGAUUCUAAAGCCGUGAUGACUUCUGCACUGACCCAGGGGCUGGAGCGAAUCCCAGACCAGCUGGGCUACCUGGUGCUGAGUGAAGGUGCAGUCCUGGCGUCCUCUGGGGAUCUCGAGAAUGAUGAGCAGGCAGCCAGUGCCAUCUCUGAGCUGGUCAGCACAGCGUGUGGCUUCCGGCUGCACCAUGGCAUGAAUGUCCCCUUCAAGCGCCUGUCUGGUGCGUCUCCCUUCCAGUGGUCUUUGGAGAACACACGCUGCUGGUGACUGUGUCAGGACAGAGGGUGUUUGUGGUGAAGAGGCAGAACCGAGGCCGGGAACCCAUUGACGUCUGAGCAUGCCAGAAGGCCAGGCUGGAGCAGUCCCUGGGUCUCUGUGAUGAGGAAGAGCACGUGUCCCCCACCUUUGCUUGGCCAGCUGCUGGAACCAGGGCCUUCCCAUUGUCCACCUAUACCUGAAGGGUAGAGACUCGGGGAUUUUGCGCUAUAUUAAGAGAAACGUGAACAAGGCAGUUCCCUUCUUUUCUUCCUCCUCCCCUCAAUAAACAAAAAUCUCAUGUGA